AGUUGUUUCAAGGACUCAGCAAGGGCAGCCUGAGGAUGGAUAAUUACACGGUGGCCCCGGAGGAUGAGUAUGACAUCUUCAUAGAAGAUCAUCUGGAGAACAGUGGGUUGGACCAACACCACCCCGAGCUUCUCUCUGCCCAGCAGGUGCUCCAGUUCUGCUCCACAGUAUUCGCAGUUGGUCUCGUGAACAACAUCUUGGCUGUGUUUAUCCUGGUGAAAUAUAAAGAACUCAAGCACGCAGGGAAUAUCUACUUUCUAAACCUGACAGUUUCAAAUUUGUGUUUCCUGCUUCCUCUGCCAUUCUGGGCACACGCUGUUUUGCAAGGAGAAAGCCCCAGGAGUUCCACGUGUAAAGUUCUCAUUGGAACCCACUCCACGAGCUUAUACAGCGAAGCCUUUUUCAACAUUCUCCUCCUCCUGCAAGGGUACCAAGUGUUUUCCCAUGGGAGAUGGCUGUCCUCAGCCCCUCAGAAGGUGACUGUUGGUAUCGUUCCAAGUGUCCUGGCAUGGAUUGUAGCUAUUUUGGCCACUUUGCCUGAAUUUGUGUUUUAUAAACCUCAGCUAGACAGGCAAUCGUACACGUGUGCCUUUGCCAGACCUCACUUCCUGCCCAUUGAAGAGCCGUUCUGGAAGUGUGUUCUGACUUUAAAGACAAACGUUUUGGUACUUGUUUCUCCACUGAUGGUUUUUAUAUUCUGCUGGAUGCGAAUGAGGAAAACACGAAGCUUUGGGGAAAGGCAAUACAAUCUUUGCAGGCUUGCUUCUGUCAUAAUGGGUGUCUUCCUUUUGAUGUGGGCACCCUACAACACUGUACUUUUCCUGUCCACUUUCCAAGAACACUUGUCCCUGCAGGAUGAAAAAAGCAGCUACAACCUGGACACAAGUGUCCAGGUUACGCAGAUGGUCGCCACCACUCACUGCUGUGUCAACCCUCUCCUUUAUUUGUUUCUUGACAGGAACUUUAGGAAAUACCUCUGCAGCCUGUUUCCAAGGUGCAAUGAGAGUCCAUUUCCAAGCAGUGGGGACUCUGUGCAAGCUGCACCAAGGGACAGUCAUGACCUGUCCACAGAACUAUAAACUAACUUGCAUCACAGGCAGGACACAUAAACGUGGAUUCUUCUUUG